AUGGAGUCAAUGACAACUUUGUCUGCACUCCAUAGAGCUGUUGAAGAAAACAGAUUGAAUGACUUCAAAGUUUUGUUGAAUCUUGGUUUUGAUAUUAACGAAGAAGGACAAAAUGGAAGAACUCCCUUAAUCGUUUCUGUUAUAAAUCAAUACCAAGAUUUCAUUGAUUAUUUACUUGAUAACAAUGUAAGUGUUAAUACAUUAGAUACUAUUCCUUUCUCUGCAUUAAACUACGCAAUUGAAUCAGGAAACAUUGUAACUGUUAAGAAGUUAAUUGAUCAUAAAGCUGAUGUCAAUGUUUCCUUGAAUACAACAACACCUUUGAUCCAAUCAAUCAGUAAAAAUCAAAAAGAAGUUUUUGAUUUGUUAAUUGAUUCUGGUGCUUUGAUUGAUAUUCCAGCGAAAUCAGGAAAUUUCCCAAUACAUGAAGCAGCACAACAAAAGGAUUCUAUUUAUUACAUCGAGUUCUUGACAAAUAGAGGUUUUUAUGUUGAUUUUCCUUCGCUUUAUAAACGUCAAACUCCUUUGAUGUGUGCAGUUGAUGCAAAGAACAAAAACGUAAUUAAAUGGAUCUUGAAUCAUGGUUGUGAUAUUUUCUUGAGAGAUCAUGAUGGAAACUCUGCUUUUUCGCAUGCAAUGAUGGCAAUGGAAUUAGAUAUAGCGGAUGAAUUCGUGAAAAGAGGUGUAGAUUUGAAUGAAACUGAUUCAUCAGGAAACACAAUUGUUUGCAAACUUUUAAAGAAACAAUUUGUGGAUGGUGUUUAUUUCCUAAUUGACAGAGGAGCAAUGGCAAAUGCUUAUGACCAAGAUCAAAACACUUUAUUGAUAAUUGGAAUUGAAAUGAAGAAUUUCAAUUUGUGCUACUAUCUAUUGGAUAAAGGAGCGAUUCCUGAUUUGCCAGGAGCAUUGCAAUUGCAUCCAAUUCAUCAUGCCGCAAAAAUUAAAGAUGAAGAAGCAAUUAAACUCAUUCAAAAGUUACUUGAAUUGGGAGAAGACGUAAAUAUCGAAGACCAAUUCAGAGAUACUCCUUUGGGUUACACUAAUUGGAAACAAGAUGUUCCUAGUUUCAAUUUCAUGCAGACAAAUAAUCAAAAUCAUAAAGUCCAUUCGAACACUUUAGAUAUGCAUUCGAGAUUGAAGAAUAGACCAGUAAAUAUUUCAUCAGAAGCAGUACAAAGGAAUCCUGUAGCUCAUUACAUCAAAUCUAUUGGUGGAAGAGAUUACAAAUGGGAACAAGAAUAUGAAAUUGAAAUAACUAAUUAUGUUACUAAAAUCAAAUCAGUUAAAUCUGAUAUACAAAAUCAGAAAUCUCUCAUCAAAAGAAUGGAAUUGAGAAAUACAACGAUGCCUGAGAGCCAUACUGACUUCGAAAUCAACAGACACAAGAACCAUUUGCGUGAUUUGAAACUCCAGAAGUUAUCUUUAUAUAAUGAAGUUGAUAAAAUCAAUCUCAAAAUGUGGUAUUAUAAUAAUUUGUAA